CAAGCUUAUUUUCCUUUUUAUAGGACCGACAAAUUUCGCUCUUAUAAAUGAUAACUCCAAGAAUAUUGUCAUAACACUCAACAAAUAGAGCUUACCCUGUAACAGCGAAAUAGGUCUCGAAUCACACAUGUGAUGAUUGGCCCAUAUGCUUACAGCAACGCUUAAUUACUCACCCGGCGUCCUUUACACACGGAGUGAGACCUUGAGGUGGCUCAUUUUCAAAUGGAGGAGAAUACUUCAUACGCAUAAUUCAACAAUAAAUACCUAAGGUUAGUAGCUUGAGAACUGUUAUAGUGAUCUUUUAGUCUAUAUUCCCCACUACCUCUUGAUUCACUUGCUUUGAUCCACUACGUACCAAGAAAGUCCAAAGUCGCAAAAAGACCCCUCCAUCCAAGUCAGGUGAUUGAAGCAAUUGCCCCUCCCCCUCCCUCCUGGGUUAUCAACACCGAUAAAAAUUCCACCUUUAGGCUCAACCAGAUUGAACGAAUAUCGUACCAUCGCGAAUCGCCAAGAUGUUGGACAUUGAGGAUUUCAUUGAGGAGCGCGGCGGAAACCCUGAGAAGAUUCGAGAGAGUCAGCGCCGCCGACAUGCUCCUGUAGAGCUGGUUGACGAGGUUAUUGCCCUUUGGCAAGACGCGCGCAAGACUCAGUAUGGAGUUACGCAGAUCGGCACACAAAUAAACGGCGUUCAAAAGGAGAUUGGCCUCAAGAAACGAGCCAAGGAGGAUGCGACCGAGCUACUGAAGCAGAAGGAGGAGUUGACAGAGAAGAAGAAGAUCCAAGAGGAGCUUGCGGCAGCGAAGAAUGCUGAACUCAAAGUCAAGGCAAAGCUCGUCGGAAACUACGUGCACGACUCCGUCCACGUCAGCGACAACGAAGACAACAACACAAUCGAGCGAACCUGGGAGCCCGAGACUUUCGAUAAGACCAAGCAAGCUGCUCUUUCCCACCACGACGUGCUGCUGCGACUUGGAGGAUACGACCCGGUUCGAGGAGUCAAGUUGGUCGGCCACCGAGGUUACUGCUUGACUGGCUACGGCAUGUUCCUGAACCUUGCACUCGUCAACUAUGCCACAGCCUUCCUCUUCAACAAGGGCUACACCCCUAACCAACCACCCUUCAUGCUCAACCGCGACCAGAUGGCCAAGACUGCGCAGCUCUCUCAAUUUGACGAGGAGCUUUACCGUGUUUCCGAAGGACCUACACCUUCCGAGUCGGAUCGAUACCUCAUUGCCACCAGCGAGCAGCCCCUUUCCGCGCUUCAUGCCGAGGAGUGGAUCCAGCCCUCUGAGCUCCCUAUCAAGUACUGCGGUUACAGCACUUGCUUCCGAAAGGAGGCCGGUAGCCACGGUCGUGAUGCCUGGGGUGUGUUCCGCGUGCAUCAGUUUGAGAAGGUUGAGCAGUUUGUCCUCUGUGGCCCCGAUGACAGCUGGGACCAGUUUGACCAAAUGAUGGCCAACUCCGAGGAGUUUUACAAGUCCCUUGGUCUUCCCUACCAGGUCGUGGGUAUCGUCACGGGUGCGUUGAACAACGCUGCUGCCAAGAAGUACGACUUGGAGGCAUGGUUCCCCUUUCAGAAGGAAUACAAGGAGCUUGUUUCUUGCUCCAACUGCACAGACUACCAGACCAGAGAGCUCGAGAUUCGCCAUGGUUCCAAGAAGGGCAAGCAGAUCGUUGGUGGUGGAAAGAAGGAGUAUGUCCAUGCUCUGAACGCUACUCUCUGUGCUACUGAGCGAACACUGUGCUGCAUUCUUGAGAACUACCAAACGGAGGAAGGUCUCGUUGUGCCCGAGGUCUUACGAAAGUAUAUUCCUGGCGAGCCUGAGUUUUUGCCUUUCAUCAAGGAGACCCCCAAGGAAGCAGAGAAGAUCGAAAAGAAGGAGGGCGGCAAGAAGGAGAAGACCCUUCCUGUUCGUGAGACCAAGGCGUAAAUGCAUGCAUUCUGUUAAGGUGAAUGGGAUGUUAUAGAGGAAGAAGAUGUGUUAUAUUUUCGUUGAUACAGCACAUGAUGGGAAUUCAGUAGAAAUCAACAAAAAUCAUCAACAAGAUAGCAGGGCAGCUUAACAAAUUGGACGAAUCUAUGUUUGUCCAACAUGUUGGUGCUUGUCUGUAAACAAGCCUUCGAUGAGAGCUUGAAGUCGGGUCGGAAGAGGAUAUCUCCGAAGUUCCGUGGCACUGAACAAACAGACAAGUUCGGCCAGAAGCGCUAGCUCACGGAUCGUUGAGCCCUUUCCCCGCCCCCUGUCAAACGACACCGGUCCUCUCCGUGAUCAAGACGGAGGUGGGUACCG